AUGGAUGAGCAAGACCAACGCGGCCGGUCGGCCUCGACCGGCCACCAACACCCGCAUCUACAAAGCCAAUCCCAUUCUCCGUCACCCGGUACAUACCAGCAGACCGAUCUGUCGAAUGGUCUUGGUCUUGGUCUCGAACAGCAAGGGCAGCCGGUCUUCUCGUCCGAUCCGAACAUUGACUCCUUUGCGAACAACAACUUCUUCGACCCCAACACCAGCUUCGGCCAACAGCUGGGGAAUACGGAUUUCGGGCAAUCGCAGAACGGGUAUCUCUCCCCCAACCUGACGAACGACGGCGACUUCCCGCUCUUUUCCCAGACCGGGGCGCAAGGGAAGCACUUCAACGCACCGCUGUUUGACCAGACGACGUUGAACCCCAACGAUAUCAACAAUAUGACCUCCCCUGGAUCCCAAUCAGCGCACUCAACGCACUCGCCGCCGAAUCUCCUCCAACCUGACGGCCAGCCUGGUUCUGCGCAACAAUCGCCAUCGUACAACCAAACACAUUUCUCGCCCCCAAUGGGGGGUGGGCAUCACUCCAGGAACACCAGCCAUGCUUCCCAUGCGUCACUCGGGCCGGAGUCAGCUCUACACCCCAAUCAGCUGGGCGAUUGGUCGCACGUCCAGUUCCAUAAUCAUCGUCGCAGUCCCUCUGCGCACUCGGACAUCUCGUCCGUCUCACCUUCGCCCAACGUGAUCGCAUCGGACAGCUUCGAUGAGCAGUCGGGCCAUUCGCCACUGCAACAGUCGGCUGAUGGCACCCUCUAUGAUCCGGUGAUGGGAGGCAUAGGCAACUUUACACUGUCCGACGCUGGGAGUCCCGGCGGCCAGGGGCGGAGUCCAUCCCAUAGUCCUGCGAUCAGCCCCAGGAUCAUGCCGCAGCAGAUGGCGGACCCGACCGCAAGCUUUGGGAUGAUGGCGCCCAACCCUUAUGCCGACCCCAAUGCCUAUGUCAGCCACCAACCAGGGGAGGCAUUCCCCAACUUCCAGCAAAGCCAGCACGACAUGUCGCAAAUGGCGCCGCCAUCGAUCAACAUUGUCCAUGCGCCUAACACACGCGAUGGCUCUGGAGCAGAUGGCAGGGCGUUGGACCAAGACUCCCUGACACCCCCGGACAGAGGUCGUAAGCUAGCCCGACAAAGGGCCGUCACAGAUCCGUUCCACCCAGGAGUGGCCAUGGGCCGCCGGAUCAGCUCCCACAGUCCCUCCAACUCAUCGCAAUCGGCUCUGUCUCCCCGCUCCGAUGUCUCGAGAUCCCUCUCGCCACACUCGGGCGUGUCGCCGAACCGAAGACGGCAGUCGACCUCGGCGGUGCCCAACAACGUGAUAGCUUUGCGGUUAGCGGACCCCGAGUUCCAGAACAGCGCCGAGUCCGGCAACGCGAAGAGGGCGCAGAAGCACCCGGCCACCUUUCAGUGUACACUGUGUCCGAAGCGCUUUACAAGAGCAUACAACCUCCGGUCGCAUCUGCGCACGCACACGGACGAGCGCCCCUUUGUGUGCACGGUCUGCGGCAAGGCGUUUGCCCGCCAGCACGACCGCAAACGUCACGAAAGUCUGCAUUCUGGAGAGAAGAAGUUUGUCUGCAAGGGAGAGCUGAAAGCAGGCGGCCAGUGGGGGUGCGGCCGUCGGUUUGCUCGAGCUGAUGCUCUGGGCCGGCACUUCAGAAGUGAAGCUGGUCGCAUAUGCAUCAAGCCGCUGCUGGACGAGGAGUUGAUUGAGCGGCAGCGCCAAUGGCGGGAGCAGCAGAUGGCGCACAACGCCAACAUGGUGCCACAGCCCAUGGCCAUGGAUCCUACUGGAGGCUACUCGCACGAUGCGAACGGCAGCUUUACCCUCCCCGCCGCUUUGCUCGCGCAGUACCCGGCGCUGGCGCAGAUGAACUGGUCUGGACCUGAGAUGGGCAAUAUCGAUGAAGACAUUAGCGGGCGGUCGUCGUUUGACGCGAGCGACUUUGACGAUGGGGACGAUAAUGGAUAUGUCAGCGGCCCGGGCACAGGGUAUGGCGACGGCGGGCUGAGUCAGAACUAUGGCGAGCUUGGAUACGCCAGCGACAUGGGACAGCGCUGA